AGCGGUACCAACGAGGAUAUCCACCGCCGCCAGUACGGAAUCUAACGACGAUUUCUAAACAACAAGGUUCCUUAUAUACUCCUGCACACGUCGUGGACGAAUGCAGGCACUUUCGAACUUGUGUGGCGUAAAGGGUGGAUUGGGAUAUUUCAUAACUGGAAACGAUGCUUUGCUUUAGACCCAACUGUCAAACGCCUCGAAGUCCCUGAUUACGAGCACGUUUACAAUUUUCACCCACGCAGACGCACUCCUCCGCCACAUCAAAGCUCUCCGGCUCAAUCACGAGGGAAUUUUCUGGGUACUCUUCAUUCUUGUUGUGUAUGGCGCUUAACGCUGGGAGGUAUCGUCAGCGGUCAUCGAAGGGGGCCUUGCGGGGUGGCAGAUCUAAUCGGAAACGGCUUUAGGCUCCUCUUUCCAAACCUGGAACCUCGUCGACAAUUAUCAUUGCAGCUCGGAGGUGGAUUGGCUGGUCGUGAGGAGGAGCAUAGUCCAUCAGGAUUUUGCAUUCCUUUGCCGCAAUGUCUACCGCGGCGCUCUCGCACUUCACCAGUCUUCUUUCAUACGCAAGGACAGAGGAUUUGCGAAGAGUUUUUGGUGGCACUUCUUUAACUUCUAGGAACUUCGGGGUGCAAUUCAGAAGGGGUAGUUUUGCUGAAUUUGAGUCGCUUAGAUGGGAACGAAGUGGAUGUCGACUGUCAAGUUUGCAGCCAGUUCCAGUUUUAAAAGGCCGAAAUUCGGUAUCCAGUGACGUGCGUGCCCGAGCUUCAGAAAACGAUUCUGGAGCUGAGGUCGAUCCUUUGGGGGGUGGUGAUGUACUUGUGCGUGUUAUUUCUAAGGAUGCUGAGGUAUCAGUACUGUGCCUUGUGGCCACAGAAGUUGUGAGGGAUGCUCAGCGACGGCAUAAUGCUGCUCCAACUGCAUCUGUAGCGUUAGGUCGUGCGCUGAUGGGUACUCUCCUCCUUGGAGCACUCAAAGCCGAUGCAGAAACUGUUCAGGCGCUCUUCUUAGGAGAUGGUCCACUAGGACAGAUGACUGCAAUAUCCUCUGAGGGAGGUUAUGUAAAAGGUUUUGUUGGCAAUCCUUUGUGCGAUCCUCCUUACAAGGAUAAUGGCAAGCUCGACGUAGGCUUGGCGGUUGGAUCUGGUGUGCUUAGCAUUGUGCGCAAUAACCGCAAUUGGAAGCAACCUUAUACAGGGACAGUGCCUAUUUAUUCUGGUGAAGUUGCUGAAGAUAUAGCACACUAUCUAGCAGAUAGUGAACAGAUGGACACUGCGAUGGGACUAGGCGUUGGGCUUGACAGGGAAAUAGGCAUUAGAUUUGCCGGAGGAUUUUUAGUUCAGAUUUUGCCAUUUUGCUCAGAGGAGACAUUAGCUAAACUUGAAGAAAAUAUCUUGAAGAUGAGACCUAUAUCAGAUGCUCCAAGCGAUUGCAAGGUAUCUGACAUUGUAGACGCAUUACUUGAUGGUGUUGGUGUUGGUAGCUACAAUGAAGCAAUAAUUCCCACAUAUGGACCUUGUGGAACUGAGCGGCUGAAACCACGCAUGAUGCGUGCUGUGGCAAUGUUGGGGCCCGCCGACGUUCAGCAGAUUUUAGAUGAGCAAGGUUCUGUAGAAGUCAGGUGUGAGUUUUGUAACGAUGUCAUCCAAUUCAAAGAAGCCGAUCUACAGGAGGUUUUGCAGUCGUCAUAAGAGGCAUUAGGCCUUGAUUGGUAUUUGAUCUUUUGAUCCAGAGCAUGGCAUUAAGUUUUUUUCAUCUUUGUUCUCUUCAAAGAGUAUUUGAGCUUCUCAUUAUAUGAGAAAAAUCUUCUUGUGUGGGUACUGAGUAGGUACCAUUUAAGCAUCCU